UUCGGUUGCGUUGAAAAUGGUGACAGCUCGCGCGUGCGGAUGAUGGCGGUAAAUAACAGCCGAAAGCCAGCGUAAAAAAAGCACGCUAAUAUUAACCGCGAUUAAACUCGUCAAGCGCGUUAUACCGGCUGUUACGCGGAGGACUCGCACGGUGGAGCCGUUAAAAAGCCGGUCGGCGGGUUCCGGUGUGAGUUUAUUCUGUGGCUGCGGCUCUUGCUGGUUUUUGUUCUGCAGGGUUUAAAGUAACAGAUCUCUCGCGCCGGUAUAAACACACACACAGGCACAUAAACACACCGAUCGAGCGCCGGUACCGGAACCUCCCGGAUCCGCAGCUGCCGCGGGUUCCGCGUGUCUCCCGGCGGAGCGUCUUUUGUUCUUGUUUGAUCGGCACGAUGACGACCUUUAUUCAGAAUGGCGGCAGGACGCGUCCGCUCUGAUGCUAAAACGCACCAUUUCUCACAGAUGAGCGUGGCCAUGGCGUGUGGUUCCUGACUGCGACUGCACAUGCGUGUUGGGAGGACCCAUGGAUCGCUGUAAGCACGUGGUGCGGUUCCGCCUGGGCCACGGCCACUCCAUCCUCAACCCGCAGAUGUGGCGCUGCGUGGACUGCGGCACCACAGAAUCCGUGUGGGCUUGCCUGAAGUGCACGCACGUAGCCUGCGGACGCUACAUGGAGGAGCACUCGCGGAGCCACUACCAGCAGACGCAGCACCCGCUAGCCAUGGACGUACGCGAGCUGGACGUCUUCUGCUUUGCGUGCGGAGAUUACGUGUUGAACGAUAAUGUAGAGGGCGACCUGAAGCUCCUGCGGGGGGCGCUGUCCACCGUCCGCAGCCCCGGCCAGCGUUCCCUGCGUUCAUCAGUGACGGAUGGCGGAUUGAAAGUGUGUGAGAUUACGCGAGACGGCGCAAUGCAGACAGCAUUAUGGCACCGGCGGAAAACUCUUCUCAAAAGCGCAUUUCACUACUGGAUUAGCCGGCAACAGGAAGAACACAGGAAGCGCGAGGAAAAACAAGAACAGGAGCGAGAGGAAAAACGACGCCAGCGUAAAGAAGUCAAAAAAAGACUGCUAGGAGAAUUAGCCAAUGUGCCGCCUAGAAAAAGUGCGAGAUUGCUAACCCAGGCUCCGCGUCCAACAAUCGCGCUAAUACCACGGAAGUUCCGCGAUCCCCCGGAGCGACUUCCUGCGGCGCCCAAACAGUUAUUGACGCUACCUGGAAAGACUCUUUCGCGGAAACCGCUCCGGCGUACUGCACGCCUACACAGAUAUCACGCUUCGCAAUCUGCGCGGCGCAGGAAACUAGCGCCUGGAGUUACAGGACUGCGCAAUCUCGGGAAUACGUGCUACAUGAACUCCAUCCUUCAGGUGCUCAGCCACUUGCAGAAGUUCCGGGAGUGUUUCCUGACACUGGACCUGUGCGAGACGGAGGAGCUCCUAGCUAAAAGCAACCACCCUCAGGCGGGAGCUCUGUCUGCGGCCGGUGGCGGCGUCCCGUCCAGCCUGCGGUCAGCGGAGCAGAAAGAGCCGCGCUCCUCGUCCCGCCAGCAGGUGUCGCUGUGCCACGAGCUGCACACGCUCUUCAGGGUGAUGUGGUCGGGCCGCUGGUCGCUGGUGUCGCCCUUCGCCAUGCUGCACUCUGUCUGGAACCUGAUCCCUGCUUUUCGCGGGUACGACCAGCAGGAUGCACAGGAGUUCCUGUGCGAGCUCCUGGAUAAAGUGCAGCAGGAACUGGAGUCGGACGGACCCCGCAAACACUUCCUGAUCCCCAUCACACAGCGCAAACUCUCCAAACAGGUCCUCAAAGUGCUCAACACCAUCUUCCACGGCCAGCUGCUCAGCCAGGUGACGUGUCUGUCCUGCAAGCGGAAGUCCAACACGGUGGAGCCGUUCUGGGAUUUGUCUCUAGAGUUCCCAGAGCGCUACCACCGUAUGGAGAAGCCCAGCGCCGCCGCCUGCCAGAGGAGCUGCUCGCUGUCCGAGAUGCUGGCCAAAUUCACAGAGACCGAAGCUCUGGAGGGCUGCAUUUACGCCUGCAACUUCUGCAACAGAAAGCGGCGUAAAUCCUCCCACAAGCCGCUGUCGCUGUCAGAGGCCUGUAAGCAGCUGCUGAUCUGCAGAUUACCUCAGGUGCUGCGGCUACACCUCAAACGCUUCCGGUGGUCGGGCAGGAACCACAGGGAGAAGAUCGGUGUGCACGUGGCGUUUGAUCAGGUGUUGAACAUCCAGCCGUACUGCAGCUGUUCAGACGCCGCCGCGAGAGAGGCCUACACAUACGACCUGUCUGCUGUCGUGAUGCAUCAUGGGAAGGGCUUUGGCUCAGGGCACUACACGGCCUACUGCUACAACACUGAAGGAGGCUUCUGGGUUCACUGUAAUGACUCUGAGAUGAACGUGUGCAGCGUGGAGGAGGUGUGCAGCACUCAGGCUUACAUCCUCUUCUACACACAGCGCUCCUCCUAGAGCUCUCAAUCUCUCUUGUUGCAUCCCAGUUCACACACUUAUACUACGUCCUAAAACUGUACUGUUUUGUGAAGAGAAAGUACAUACUUCUGAGUGUGUAACAGAAAGGCGUGCGAGCUUUGGGUAUACUUUGUUAACGGAGUGUUCUGCUCCUGUCAGUCGUCUCCCACAUUUCUGUCAUAAUUAUUUACAGUAUUGUAGAUUCAGCAGCAGGUUAAUCUGGCAUUCACCAGUCUGUCAUGCAGAGAAAUCUCCUCAGGUGUUUGAGUAAUUAUACAUUCAGGAGUCCAAACACAUCUUUACACAAGUUCACAAUGUUGUUGUAGAUGAAAUAAAACACAGAAAACGUGACUGAAAUAGGUUCCAGUUGGCUGGAUAUUAAUUAACAGUCACACAAACAUCUUUACCGAAGCCUCUCUACUUGAUGGCUGGUCUCUCACGUCCGCCAUUUUUGUAGUCUGUUUACAUUUUUUACCCGAGUUUGUAGUUCUAAUCGAAUUCAAGUCCAACACGCAGUGUAUUGUGGGUAAUAUUAGCGGUUAGUGUACAGAUGCUUCUACGCUUCACAUUUUUACCAGAAAUAGAGCAUCCAGGAGCUAACUCUUUUCAACAUCCUACGGUUUGGGAUGCACUAAUUUUAAUUUCAAAUGCUACUUAGGACGGGUAGUAUGUGAAUUGGGACGCAACAUUUCUCUCUCUUUCUUUCUCUGAGCCUCAGAGACGCAGCGCCCUCUGCUGGCACACUUCAGGGCAUUCAGGACCAAACACACACACUCACAUGCAGGUCCAGAAGAGCAGGAACACACACCGAUGAGAGACUGACAGCUGGCUGGAGAGAAACGCUACAGCAAUACGAUCAUCAUCAUCUCUCUCACACACACACACACACACACACACACACACACACACACACACACACACACACACACACACAGUCUCUCUCUGAAUCAGGAAU